CGGCUCAUUCCGCUCUCAAUGGCGGCGGGGAGCGAUGAGGAGGAAGGCGGCGGGGAGGGUGAGAGCGAUCUACACCGACCGGGAGGGGGGAGGAGGAGCGCCGAGAGAGCCCUGGAGGAGGCGGCCCGGACCGGAGAACUCAACCUGAGCGGGAGGAGACUGAGGAGUAUACCCGAGAGGGGGCGGAGCUACGACCUCACCGACCUGACCCGAGCGGAUUUAUCGAAGAACCGUUUCGCUGAAGUCCCCGGUGAGCUGUGUCAGCUGGUGUCCCUGGAAUCCUUGAACCUCUAUCACAACUGCCUGCGUAGCCUUCCCGCCUGCAUCUCCAACCUACAGGCCCUCACCUACCUGAACAUAAGCCGAAACCUCCUCACCUCUCUACCUCCUUACCUCUGUCGUCUUCCUCUCACCGUUCUCAUCGCCAGUAAUAACAAGCUGAACUCCAUUCCAGAGGAGGUGGGCGCCAUGACCAACCUGCGGCAGCUGGAUAUCAGCUGUAACGAGAUCCAGUCUCUGCCGCCACAGAUGGGAUCGCUGGAAUCUCUGCGCGAGCUGAACGUCCGCAGGAAUCAGCUGACCUCUCUGCCGGAAGAACUCUCGGAGCUUCCUCUGGUACGUCUAGACAUCUCCUGCAACCGCAUCUCCCACAUUCCCGUCUGUUACCGACACCUCCGACACCUUCAGACCAUCAUACUGGACAACAACCCCCUCCAAUACCCCCCUGCACAGAUCUGCCUCAAAGGGAAGGUUCACAUAUUUAAGUACCUGAACAUAGAGGCUUGCAGUAAACCUCCCCCAGAGCUGUCCGAUGGGGGGAAGAUGAGCCGCCCCACAAGCUUCACCACUUGCCUCACAGAUGAUGUGUAUUCCUCUAAGCCCUAUGGCUGCCUGGAUUCCGGCUUUAACAGCGUAGACAGCGGCAGCAAACGGUGGUCUGGGAAUGAGUCUGCAGAUGAGAUGUCGGAUCUUUCCUUCAGAGUCGCUGGUUUGGGCCGAGACACCAAACUGCUCAGAGAGAAGGUGAAUGGGACGGACACAGAUAACGAGCCCCCCGACUUCAUAGACAGCAGUACAAACGAGGAAGAGGAGGAUGCCAAGUCUGACACUGGGCUGCAUAUGACUGUCACCCCUCAGGACAAGCGGAAGCCGGACUUGCACUCUACACCAAGGGCAGAAGAGCGGACCCUGGUUUGUGGGCCGGCACCGUCUCCGCCGUCUCCCAGCAUCUCCCGCCAGGAUCGGGCCGUAGAGGAGAGGCGGAGGCCGGAGACGUUGCUCCUCUGGAGGGAACGGGAGAGGCAGCAGCUUCAGCAGAAGCAGGAGGGUCUGCGGAGGCCGUCUGUGGAGCAGAGAGAGAGCUUACACAAGGCCGUGCCCACCAGCACUCCUCCAGCUCAGAGUCAGAGUGAAGUCGUGAAUGGCUCCUCUGAGAACUGUGCCAGACUACGGAGUCAGGGAAGUCAAAACAACGUCUUUUCCCCCAUCUCUCCUCCCUCUGGGCCCUCAGACUCCUCUGUGACCCAGAAGCCCAGGAGUUUCCUCUUCCGAUCGUCUUCCCGCGGAGCCGCACUCAGUCAGUCAGGUUCGGACCAGAGCUUAGGAGAGGGAUCCAGUCCUGUCCGGAUGCGCACUUCCCGAGCUCCAUCUGAUGAGAAGACAGCACAACUACGCAAGGAUAUUGAGUCCCACCUCAACGUCACCCUUCAGGAUCCGCUCUGUGAGUCUCUUGCCAACGGCGUCAUUCUGUGCCAGCUGCUGAACCACCUGCGGCCGCGCUCCAUCCCGUUUUUCCACGUGCCUUCACCUGCUGUGCCUAAACUUAACCCUGUGAAAUGUCGCAAGAACGUGGACAGCUUCCUGGAGGCAUGCCAGAGGCUGGGCGUCCCUGAGCGAGAUCUCUGCUUGGCCUCUGACAUCCUGGGAGAAAGGAGCCUGGACAUCGUUCAAAGGUUGGUCUCCUCUUUGCUGCUGCUCCUUGCCUCCAGUGACACUCCCACGAGCAACCCGAGCUCCGCCCUCUCCGAGGAGACAGCGACGCGUUCUACUCUCCUGCAGCUGCUCUAUCAACACCACGGCUUCCUGCUCUUCUACGCUCUGCUAAUGCUGGCCCUCUGCGUGGCCUUCAGCAAACUGUCUGUCCUGUAGGAGCCAGUCCAUAUGGCUUCCCUUUUGGCGAUAACAAAAAAAAAGACGUGACACUGUGUGUCUGUUCUCCAAGAAAAAUUGGGACUUCGUCUCCAUAGCGGAGGUUGGAUUUCCUCACAAGAGCUGUUCACUAGGUUUAGGUUUCAAUGAAUUUUUCAGGUUAUACUUUUUUAUUUAAACACUAAAGUCGGACUGGACACUACAGCCUUUCCCAAAGUGGCCUUUUUUUCCAGAAGUACCCACUGUGGUUUGCCAAUGGGUGGUGGCCAAAUCUGCCAUCUUGGUGCCAUGUUUCAUUGGCGCUAUGUCAAGGUUGACUUUGGCGUUUUUGGAUGCCUUCUGUGCCUUUUUUCAGUCUACAUGAUGUCGUGGGGGGAUCACCAAUAGCUGCCUUUUUUGAGAGGCCUGGCUUCAGCCAGCCAGCCAAUGGAAAAGGAGGAACCACUACUCACUCCUUGAUUGAGGGUUCAGGGACCACUGAUGUAUUAAAUUCUUUGGAAAGCAAUGAUUUUUUUUUUUUCUGUCCGAAUGGAUCCUUAACACUCCACAACCUACAUUGAACUUGAUUUCAGAGUGCAAAAUACGGGUUGUCUCCAUUAAAUUGGCUACCCCUGGGAAUGUAAGACUAUGCUUUAAUAGAAGACUCUGAUGAA